UUAAAUUAUGUACGCGCACAAAAUCUUCAAAUCUCUCUGCUUAUACGGAAGACUAGACGAAGCCGUCAAAAUCCUUUGCUGCAGUGGCUCGGCCAUCUCUCCUCCAACCUUCUCUCUCGUCCUCCAAGAAACCAUUCACCGGCGAGAAUUCAAGCUCGGAAAGGCAAUCCACGCCCAUAUCUUAGCCACUGGAUUUACCCCAGGCAAGUAUCUCAACACCAAGCUUAUCAUUCUUUAUGCUAAAGCCGGCGAGUUGAAUGCUGCGCGCCACUUGUUCGAUCAAAUGCCUGAUCCAAAUCUCUUCGCAUACAAUGCAAUGAUCUCCGGCUACGUGCACAAGGGCUUGGAGCCCCAUGGUUUGAAGCUCUACUACUCGAUGCGUGACAAUGGUUUGGAUCCUGACCAGUUCACCUUCUCAUCAGUUUUCCAUGCCUGUGCUGGAUUGGCCUCUCUGGAGCACGGCAGGCGAGCACAUUGUGUUAUGAUCAAGAGGAAAAUGAUGGCCAAUAUAGUUGUCAGCAGCGCUCUUGUCGAUAUGUACUUGAAAUGCAGUAAUUUGGAUGAUGCACGACAAUUAUUUGAUAGAUUGCCAUACAGAAAUGUGAUAACUUGGACAGCUCUGAUUUCUGGUUAUGGCCGGCAUGGGAAAGUAAGGGAUGUGAUUGAGCUGUUCCAUCAGAUGAUAGAAGAAGGUUUCAGGCCGAAUUCAGUCACUUUUCUUUCUCUUCUCUCAGCCUGUAGCCAUGGAGGUCUUGUUCAUACUGGAUGGAAGUAUUUCGUUUCCAUGAUUGAAGAUUAUGGCUUCAGGCCAAAGAAGGAACAUUAUGCAGUGAUGGUCGAUAUGAUGGGUCGAGCCGGGAGGUUGAAUGAGGCAUAUGAAUUAGUUUGUAACUCGCCUUGUAAAAACCAUUCAGUGGUUUGGGGAGCUUUGAUUGGAGCUUGCAGAAACCAUGGAGAUGUUGAGAUGGUGAAGGUUGCAGCAAGUAAAUUCUUCAAGAUGAGUCCAGAAAAUGUUGGCAAGUAUGUGGUGGUUUCUAAUGCCUUUGCUGCUUCUGAAAUGUGGGAGAAGGCUGCUGAUGUUUGGGAAAGACUUGGUAGAUUGGGGAUGAGUAAGGAGGCUGCUUGGAGCUCUGUGGUUUCAGGCAUUUUACAUGAGCAUUAGAAGUUUCAUGAAUUGGAUUUGGCCAAUCAUAUUGACAUCGACUCAAAGGCACAAUUUCGAGGAGUCAAACUAUGAUCUUAAAUACAUCUUGAGGAAGAAGUACCCUAAGACGUAUGAUGGGCUUGAUUUAAGUGCUAAAGGUGUAACCCCUGUUAUUUAUGAACCCAUAUAACAGGUAGAAGGGGGAAGGGCCUAGUGUACCUCGCAUGCCCCGCUCUAAUCAGCCUAGGUAUAAAGCCCCUAGGACCUUAUGUGAGCAAGGCUUGAUCUCAGGGAUCAAGCGUCAGACAUGCAUUCUUACUUAGGGGAGAGCCAUCAUUGGCAGUAGUGUGCGAGUUCCCGGAUUGAUCAUAUGAUGGAGAGGCAGAAGCAACAUUUCUAUUAUGCUUCAGAAUUCAAUGAAGCAUUAGCUAGCAUAUUUACGAGCUGCUAACUGUUUCAUAAUUCGAACUAGCCUAUGUAUUUUGCAGCUCCCAUAUAUGCACCAUACUCUUGCAGCUUGACUCUAGUAAACCACCUCUGAUAACAACAGCUGCUGAUGAUGAAAAGGAGGAGAAGGAUUAAGUGUUUCAGAGAUUAUAUUUGUUUUCUUGAUUGAGUUUUUAUUGUACUUGUUUUAUGUUUCUUUGCAUUUAGUUAACACCAAAUCAUA